AUGGAGCAGUCCUAUGAGAAUAUAAUGAUCAACCGUAUGACGACGGGCUCUCCCUCAAAACCUUACGAAUCAUCAGAUGAUUUGAAUCAGAGGGAAGCCACGCCAUCUACACAGAACUCAAUGUUGGCAAGUAGCAAUAUAAAUUGUGUUCUGGACGGGGAAGUUAUGCCCUUCAUGCGACAGAAGCCAGAAAAAGCAGGCGAAACGGCUUCAGACCAAAUAAGUAGGACUGAUAGUAGGGACUGUAACACCCUAACUGGAGACGAAGAGCGAGAAUCUGAAGAAUACGCCAAUCAAAGUAUUCCGGAAGCAGAUGAAUAUGGUUUCUUUCUCAAUACAGAUAGUUCUGUUCCUAGUGCGAGAGCCUUUGUAGAUGUGAAGGUUCUAAGGCGACGAGAGAUGAAGUGGAUAGAAAUGUUUGAGAAUUGGACUUUUUAUAUGGAUCACAAAUUUGACAAGGUUCGUGAGCGGUGUCGAAAGGGAAUUCCUCCAUCGUUAAGAGGAAAAGCCUGGAAGUAUUUGUGCGGAGCAGUUUAUCAUAUGGACUAUUCCAAAAAUAAAGAAGUUUUUGACAUCUGUGUGAAUAAGGAAGUUGAUCCGAAAUGGGCGGAUGAUAUUGAGAAAGACUUGAACCGACAGUUUCCCGAGCAUGAAAUGUUUGCGACGACAGGAACUUAUGGAAAGAAUGGACGAGAUGAUUUAUCAACUCUACUCAAAACCUGGACAGUGUUAUUUCCCGAGGAAGGAUAUUGUCAAGGGCAAGCUCCCAUAGCUUCUGUGCUACUAAUGCACAUGCCAUUAAAAGAUGCCUUUUAUUGUUUUGUGCAAGUGUGUACGAGAUAUCUGCCGAAGUAUUAUAGUCCUGGUUUAGAAGCAGUUCAAGUAGAUGGGGAUGUGCUUGUACAGUUAUUGAAGGAGAAAUCGUCAGUUAGUUAUAGACAUCUUAAAAAGAACAAUGUAGAUCCUGUGCUAUACAUGAUUGAAUGGUUCAUGUGUGUGUUUUGUCGAACUCUUCCCUGGCCGACUGUUUUACGAGUUUGGGAUAUGUUUUUCUGUGAAGGAGUUAAAGUACUUUUCAAAGUAGCGUUGGUUCUGUUUAAAUUUGGAUUAGGAACUAAAGAACAAUGUAAACAAUUCCCCGACUUACAUUCCAUCGUUACUCGUCUCCGACAUUUGCCUCCACAUAUCAUGACAGAAGAAUUUUUGGUAAAAAAGGUUUGUGAAAUUAAUUUGGACGAGAGUCAAAUGGAACGGUUACACAUGCGAGCUAUGAAGCUCCGACAGAUGAAAGCAAAAGAAGACUCUUAG